CAGUGAUUCACACCUGUGGGCACCUCCCCUCGGUAACAGUUGCUGACUAAGGCCAUCUGGCUUACCUGGGAGGUGCACCCAAUACCUCUUACCCUUCACCCAUCCCUUCCCCAUUUUGUUGAUGUUUUCAAAACUUAAACAUUGCUCAAGUGGCCCACGAAGUAGCAAGGUGUUGGAACACAAGCCUUGCGUGUGUGAAGUCCUGAGUUUGAACCAACACCACCUACCCUAGAGUGAUGUUUUGGUUCUCUCUGAUUACUCCUGUCCAUCCUCCAGAGCAGACAGAGAAUUGUGGCUUCCCUGGUUCCCUCCCCUCUGUACUGUUUGUUUGUUAUACCAGAAGUGGCCAGAGGUUAUUAGCAUCUCACUUAAAGACUGGCUGGACAUCUGUAAGUGUUAUAUCAGGAAGGAUGAAGUCUGCUGUGAUCUGGCUCCCAUUCCUUCAGCUAGUGCUGAAGCCAACUCUUGUCAUGGACUAUGGUAUGAAUGAAGCCACGAAGAAAUUCCGCCUCAUAAACGUCGACUACCCCAAGGUGAGAUUCUCAGAGGGGUUUGGGGACUACUGUAAUGGCCUGAUGGCCCACGUGCGGGGCAUCAAGAAAAGUUGGUUUUGCCCAAGAAUCCACUAUGUGGUCCACGCACCUUGGAAUGCCCUCAGGGCAACCUGCAAGCAUAGCGAUAGCUUCUGUGAGAAUUUUAAUGAAUAUUGCUCCUUCACCAAGGACGCCUUUCCCAUCACCAUCUGUACCUUGAACAAAGAAGAGCCUCCCACCAGCUGCCAAUACCAGUCCACCAUAACCAACCAGAAGAUCUAUCUGCUCUGUUCCAGGAAGUAUGAUGCUGACCCAAUAGGUAUCAUUGGCCUCUACUAGAAUAAGGCUUUCCCACCUCCUGCAUUUACAGACCCACCCGUCCCCACUGCUAGAACUACAUCCCUGGUGAUUUCCCCCAAGAGACCAGGGAGGCAGGAGAAACUUCCAGAGCUCUGGUUACCAUGCAGGCAGGCUGUCUUCUAAGCUCUUUCCAACUUGUUUAUAACUCCUUCCACCCUCCCUCUCCCACAGACAGUUUUACCCACCCAAGAAGUUGACUGUGUCCAGUUGGCAGUGACUGUCCUUUCACCGGGCCAGAUCCUGAAGCCUGGAUGGGAGCCCAGAGCCUCAGCUCAUGCCAUGGCAACAGGCACCCAGUUCUGUGUCUCAGCUUCCUCCCCUGCCCUCUCCCAUUUUCUCGGCUCCAUCUCUCCUAUUUCCCUCAUGCUUCCCUCUACUCACCCAUCUGCAUGGUGACAUCUCUAUCAAGAGGAACCUUCUGACACUGUGCAGCCUCUUCCCCACAAUGUCCUCAGUUCCCAAUCUGUUCCUUUCUACAAAACGAUAGGUUUUCUCUUUGGGUGAGCUACCUUGGCCUCCCUCCUUCUCCCAAGGAGCCCACAGAAGUUUCUUCCCGAUACUUUAUUCUCCUUUAGUGACCUUGUCCUCCUCCCUACCUUCCCACUCAUCUUGGCCCACCAGAAUGCCAAGAUAUCUUCUCUGACCCAGUCCCCCAAAGGCGCCUGUGUUCCUUUCCUUCUCCGAGGCAAUUCCUGGCAUUCCUUAAUUGCAGAAUAUGCUGCUACUGAGGCAUACCUGAGGUGUGACUAUAGUAACAGAAAGCCUAAAACCAUUUCUGAUUGGGCUGGAGAUACGGCUCUGCUGUAGAAUGUCUGCCUCAGGCCCUUGGUUUGAUUGCCGACACCAGAAAAGUUCAAUAAAAGCAAAGCUGAUAGAUUUCUGUGGGUGGUGGGACAGUGCUUUGUGUCCCCUACCAAGAAAAAAAAAAAAGUCAGGACAUGGCUCAGCAGUGGUCCGGGAAGUGGCAUACUGGAUUCUCAAGCAUGAGGUCCCCAGUUCAAAACCCCAGCAGCACAUGUAACAGAGUGAUGUCUGGUUCUUUCUUUCUCUCUGCCUGUCUUCUUUAUGAACAAGCAAAUAAAAUAUUUAAAAAAAAAAAAAGGAGAUGGCUCAGCAGGUAAAGUGUUUACCAUGUGUGA